AUGAACACCAAACGAAAAGGUACUGAAUGUGAUGGCACACCCAAGAGAAAAACAACCCGUCAUCGUGCUACCCUUGCAUGCGAAGAGUGUCGAGCACGCAAGAGAAGAUGCGAUAGAGUUACGCCAGCAUGCGGCGGCUACGUGAAGCGCAUUACUGUUUGUAUCUAUGCUUCUAAAAUUCAGGCUGAGGCGUGGCGGGAUAGGACUGGUUUGGAAGAUCUUGAGAAAGGAGAGAAAACACCCACAGCAUCUGAAAAGCAUACUCUUUCCAUUCAUGCCACCCAGCGCGCAGAUGAUUGCAAGUAUAACCCAGACCCCGGUAACAUCUAA